ACCUACCUCUGACGCUAACGUCUGGCCAGGCCUGGGAGGAGCCAGUUAGCAGCUACACUGACACGUAAGAAUCCUGCGUAAAAUUUAAGGAAGAAGUUACAUUUUUUUCUUAAGUUGAAUGUGGUUACUGCUGCUUCGAGUCAUCCUUGAUGUAUAGUUGACCUGUCCCGCAUCAGAGGCCUUGUUUGGACGCGUUUGAAGCGACGCGGGACUGUCAGCAAGAGGAGCCGACGCACAAGAUGAGAUUUUCAGCGUUUAUUUCUGUCCUGCGGUCGGUCGGCCCGGUGGUAAUCGGUAUUUCUUUAGGGUUCACGUUGAGUUUAUUGAGUGUAAACUGGACGGAAGAAGCAUGCUACCUAGACGGCAAGGAGGGUGAGGAUGUGACUGUGGGUCAGGAUGGGCAGCUCAAAGGAGCCCGAAAGCCCAACUCUAUUUCGACUAUCAACGAUGUGGAGUCCGAAGAGGAUUUUGAACCAAGAAUAGUCCCUUAUAAACAAGUUCAACAGAGUGCCCCUAAGAAAGUUUUCAGAGCUAAAUACAUAAGCACAGAGUUGGGGAUGCGAGAGCGUCUGUUGGUCGGGGUCCUGACUUCCAAAAACACCAUAAACACUCUGGGUGUAGCUGUCAAUCGCACCAUCGGCCAUCACCUGGACACUGUGAUCUUCUUCACCGGCAUGCGCAACCGCAAAGUCCCUCACGGCAUGUUUGUCAUCUCUCAUGGAGACGAGAGGCUGAUAUGGAACAUGUUUCAGAAUAUCAAAUACAUUUUAGACCAUUACAUCAAUGAGUAUGACUGGUUUUACUUAGUCCAAGAUGACGCAUACACAGAAGCUGACAGGAUCAAAUCCCUGGUGGAUCACCUGAGUAUAGAUCGAGAGCUUUACAUGGGCAGUCCUGAGGAGUUUAUAGGUGGAGAAAUGGAAGGGAAGUACUGCUACGGAGGGUUCGGGUAUCUCCUGUCACGUACCCUGCUCCUCAGACUCCAGCCCUUCCUGGAAAACUGUAGGAAUGACAUCCUGAGUUCAAGGCCUGAUGAGUGGCUCGGAAGAUGCAUCAUUGAUUACACAAACACAAACUGCGUCAGUGAAUAUCAGGGCCUUCAGUACCACCAUUAUGAGUUGGGAAAAAACUCUGAUCUGACUAAAGAACAGAGUGAACCGUUCAAGAAAGCUCUGACUGUCCAUCCAGUGUCUGACCCUGAACAGAUGUACAAGCUGCACAGAUACUUCACUGAGAUUGAACUCCAGAAGACUUACGAUGAGAUUGCUAAGCUACAGGCAGAAAUAAAGAACGUGAGUGUGGUUGCUUUUGACGGCAACCGAAGCUCCCAGUGGCCCGUGGGGAUCAAUCCACCUUUUGAACCGAAAUCUCGGUUUGAAGUUUUGAAGUGGGAAUACUUUACAGAGGAGGAGAUUUAUUCAUGCAUCGAUGGCUCUCCAAAGUGUGAACUGCAAGGUAUUGACCGCUUGGAUGUGGCUGAUGUCAUUGACAUAGCCAUGAUAGAGCUGAACAAGAAGUACAAGCCUGUCUUACAUCUGAAGAAGCAACAUCUGAUUAACGGAUACAGGCGCUUUGACCCCGUCAGGGGCAUGGAGUACACCUUGGACCUUCAGCUGGAAGUGGUGAACCAAAAAGGUCACAGCCGUUCCGUCACUAAGCGAGUUCAUCUGGUGCGACCUUUGAGUCGGAUUGAGAUAAUCCCCAUGCCCUAUGUCACUGAAGCUACAAGGAUUCACAUCAUUAUACCUCUUACUCUGCAGGACCGGAGCUAUGUUGACCAUUUCCUGGAAGUCUUUGCCUCAAAUGCUUUUGAGACCAGUGAAAAUGCCAUCCUAACAUUCUUGUUUAUUUAUGACCCAGUGGAGGCACAGCAAGUCAGUCAGAAUGAUAUAUUUGCCAGCGUGAAAACUCAGAUAAACACGUAUGAACGCAAAUACCCCGCAGUAAAAAUCCCAUGGAUAAGUGUCAAGACAGAAACACCAUCCCAGAUCAAAUUCAUGGACAUCAUCUCGAAGAAGCACCCAGUUGACUCGCUGUUCUUCUUGGCUAACGUCAACACAAAUGUCAAUUCAGAAUUUCUGAACCGCUGCCGCAUGAAUUCCAUAAACAACUGGCAGGUGUUCUUCCCCAUCCAUUUCCAGGACUUCAACCCUGAUGUGGCCUAUCACAACCAGCAGCAUCCGGCCACAGUCGAUCUGAUCAAGGACGCAGGCCACUUUGACCGCAGAUCAUUUGACGAAGCGUGUUUUUACAACUCGGACUACAUGGCGACACGCACCCGAAUGGUGGCAGACGUCCAGGAGAACGAGGAGAUUUUAGAGACCCUGGACAUCUUCGACAUGUUCUUAAAGUAUUCGGGUCUGCACGUAUUCAGGGCAGUGGAGCCAUCAUUGCACCAGCAGUAUAGCUUCCAAGCCUGCAACCCGCGGCUCAGUGAAGACAUCUAUCAUAGGUGUGUUCAGAGCAACUUGGAAGGUCUCGGUUCUCGCUCCCAGCUCGCCAUGCUGCUGUUUGAGCAAGAACAAGGAAACAGCACUUGAAAACGCCAGUGAACUUCUGCUCCUGCAUGUCUUCAAAUGGAUGUUAAAAGCUGUGUGUUUGUUGUAAUAAGCUCUGGAUGCAAGCUAGAAUUUGGGACAACCCAUGUCUGGGGGCUGAGGUUACAUGUGUGAACCUGCCUGACAUUCUCCAUCUUUCAGUGUGCAUCGAGAAUUAUUUGGUUUGUUAGUUUUUAGCUAGUUUGGAAAAAUGAAUGUAGUACAUUCUUAACGAAACCUUUCCUUAAAUGUUUACAAUACUUGUCCGUACAGAUGAGUUCCUAGAACCAAAUGUUUUUGCUACUCUGAUUCUGAAAGCUGCGUUAAGCAAUUUCUGACCACUAGGUUGCAGAAAUUUAAAACAGCAGAGCCUUGAUGUAGCACUGGCGUAUCCAGUUGUUAUGUUUAAGGUGUUCACUACACAUCCAUGCAACACAGGGCUACAUAGGUAACCCGUUGGAGUCGUCUUGUUCUCCACAUGUUCAGUGUAAUUCCGAUAUUCACUUAGAUUUUUAUCCUGUUUGGUUCAUUAAUUCCUGGAAGAAAUACCUUCAACCACUUUGAGUUGGGGAAGUAUCGACACAUUUGAGAUAAAGUGCUGGGCACGGCUGCUUUUAGUUUUGUUUGGGAGGAUUGAAUCAGUUUAACCAAAGCAAUGAGUUGAAAGUGGUAAAAAGCUACAGUAGUUUGUUGCUUUUCAGUGGGUUCAGAAGUACUAGCAGCCACGUUUUCACAUUUCUAGAAUGCCAUUUGAUUGAAUGUUAAUAUCUAAUAUGUUGUUAAAUGGAGCUUUAAUGUAUAGCGCUAAUAGAUAUACAUUAAUAUAUUGCACCACAGGUUGUGUGCCCCUUCACAUUGAAACAUAUUUACUCAUUUGAGUAUUUAUAAAAGUGCAUCUUUGUACUGUAUAUGUGCCUUGACACUGACUUUUCAUAUGCGGACUGUUUUGAAAUUAUCUUUGUAACACAGUUUUGCAAUUCACCGCUUCAGGUGAUACACAGCUGAUGUUUUUUAUUAGAACUUUACAGAUGAAUAACUGUUCUGAAUGGGUGGGAGAUAAUUAUCUUUUACUGUGGAUAGAGCUUGUUACAUAGCUGGGAGAAUUGAAUGGGUAUUCAGUUAACCUUAGAUUUUUUUAAAGGCGACUUGGAAAUGUCAUGAUCACAACCAUCCACAGGUUAUAUACGUGCCACAAAGCAGGGAAGGAGUUGGUAGAGAGUAGAAAUCUUCUAUUGGUCUUCAGAGCUCAUAGAUGGAGACUAGUGUAUUCCAGUAGGCCAGCAGUGUGUAUUUAAGGUAAAGUUUUCUCCAUGAAAGCGUUUUGAUGUUGCCAGAAAAUGUACAAUCAGGAGGCAAAGAAUGGAUUGCCCAGAUGAGUCCUCAUUGAAGUUGUACUUUAAAACAGGAUUGAAUUAGUUUAGAAAUGAUUGAAACGAAGAAUGUAUGAAACAUUUUUUUUCCACAUCAUCAAGUAUAGAAGACAAUUUAUAUAUUCUAAAAGAAGAUGUGUAAAUGUUCCGAAGUAUUUUGGACUGCAUUGUUAAAGAUUUUGUAAGUUAUUGAAUGAUGUCAUUGUCCUCCAUUUCCUGAGCUCAGUGAUAGAAAGGGUUGCUGUCUCCCAGUCGCAGUGCAGUCCAAUGGGAGACCUUUUCUACAUUAUUGAGUGGUGGUUGUGGAGGUAGCAGUACUAGACACCAGAAAGUUAUUAGUAUAUGAUAAUGUGCAAUAUUACAGAUAACACAACUGGCUAGAUGUCCAAUGAGGACAUGGCUUUUAAUUUCAUAGACAUUAGCUGCAAGUACAGCAGUGUAAAUACCAUACGGUUCAUGACAUGAGGCGCUCUCUGUUCAAUUUUAAGUAAAUACACUGUACUUUCUUUUGACAAGACCUUUAAUGUAUUUGCUGAUACUAGACACUUUUCAACAUUAUUUUAAUGUUGACAUACAUAAAAUGAAGUCCUUUUAUUUAACUUUAAUUGGAUUCAAAGGACUUGUUGGAAACACUACAUCCAGUGGUGAUCCUCAACAGUGUUUGCUGUAUUUUCUGCCAUGUGAACAAAGACCAUAGAGGUCACUUUAUAACGCAUCUCUUUCUUUGACGAGAGGAGAAGAGUACGACACUAUUAAUGUGUAGAAUUGGAAACUGAAUCUUCCAAAUACCACUGUGAAAAAUGGAAGGCUUAGAUUACAAUAUGAAGUUAUUGUGCUGCCUCCUGUAGACGUGAGAAGCUUAAAAUUAAGCAAGCGUGGCAGAUUAAUCACCCUGUGUUGUUAAGAGCCACCAUCGCUAAGCGAAGUUUCUAAGUAUUUUGUCCAUAACUUAUUUAUCUUGUCAUUUCUCUAUGAAUUAUGCAGAUUCUGAAUACUUCCGCACUAACAGAGGCUUUCACGACAUUCUCUGUACAUGUAUAAAUAUUUUAUAGAUUCUAUUUUUAAGCCUUUUGUAGCUUUAUGUACACAGCAAUUUAUACUUUAUUAUUUUUGGUGACAAAAUUAAACCUAUAUUGUAUCUUACUUUGCAUGUUGUGCUUUGAAAAUCAUGUCAUUUGACAGUGAAGACAAUUUAAAAUGUGUGUAUUUCACUCUCACUUUCAAUCAAGUAAUUCAUUUAAAAAAAUAGGCAGUUACUUAGGCUCAUUUUUUAAUUUCCAUUGAUGUUUGGACCUUUCAGUUCACAUUAUUUUAUGCAUAUGGGUACUAGUAUAACCAAAGCGAUACGUUUUAAUUAAUGCUCAUCACAUUUAAUUGUGUGCUGUAAUUCCCAAUGAAAUGUGAAUUAUUGUAAUUUUUAAAUAAAGAGUAUUUGAAUAUAAA